ACCCUGCGACUCAUGUGACGAGUGGGUGGAGCCGCGGAUGAUUAACAGGAUAUUCUGGAGGCACGGCAGGCGAGUAAUCUGGCAAACUGACCGCAGCCACACAGCAAUUUUUUUUAAACGAAAUUCCGCCCCAAAUCGGGAACUUUAUCGCGGUUUGAUGCCGAAAUAUUGGCCAGAAAGUAUCAUCCAUGGACUUCCAUCUCUGAUGUUCGUGUUUGAGAGCUGAUAAUGAUGAAGAUGAAGCUGCGAGCGGCGGGAGGCGAAAAUCAUCGAUGCGAUUUGAAUUCCGUUAACGGAUCCGAGCGGGAGAGCGGCACCGGAGCGGCUCAGCUCGACAAGGAGGCGGUGUUCGAGUGGUUCGGCUUACAGCUGAACCCUUCCGGACGCGUGGAGCUGCUCUGCGGGCUGCUGCAUAUGUGUCAGCCGCUGGAGCUACGCUUCCUCGGCGCCUGUCUCGAGGAUCUGGCCCGGAGAGAUUUCACCGUCCUGCGGGAUUAUGAGAUCCGGGCCAACUGCCCCGCUGAUCUGGAGGGGCUGGUGGACGUAAGCGACCCCGUUGUGCUGUCUAAACUGCUCGUUUAUUUGUCUUUGCUCGGAUCCAAGAGCAGGGAAUGCGGCGGGAUUCUCUUCAGGACGUUGAGUCGAAUGGACGCCGGGAUGUGCGGCGCUCUACCGGAGCCGGAGACUGUGGAUCAGCUGCGGCUGCUCUUCACGAUGGGAUCGUUACACCCGGCGUUCAGUUUCUAUCAGCGGGAAGAGCUGCGAGCGCAGUUGGACAGACUCCAAAGAUGGAGCCAGUUUUCCAGGCCGGGGUUCCUCUGUCCCCACCGGGAGAAUGAUGUAGACUGGACUCUUUGCAGCAACGCCAAUCCACACCUCAGCGGCACGUCGCAGAGGAAAGUGGUGCACAUUGAGAAGAUCAUUCUGAAGGAGGUUUCUAUGGGAGGAGACGGCAGGCAGUACAGUUUUGAGGUAAAAUGGUCAGACUCUUCAUCUUCUGCCGUCACCAAAAGUCAUCGUGAGUUGGAGGAUUUUCUAUUAAAGCUUCCUAAGGAGCAGAGUCCUGAUGGCUUUGAGAAGGGCAUCGUCAGGUUACUCAGUCGUGGAGAUCAAUGUGAAUCCAGAGAACUGGAGAGAAACCUCAGGGAGAAGUUCCUGUCUUUAUCACAGGAUGUCCUUCAGAGAUGUGACGUUUCCAGGUUCUUCCUGUCUGAUGCGUCUGUACUGCCAUGCAGCCACUGUACCAGUGCGCCCGUAGCCAGAAUCCAUCAGCCUGAGCGCAGUUUCUCUGAGGACUGCUCGGAGACCUCCAGCCUGGAGGAUGAUGUGGAGGCUUACAGCGUCAGAGCUGCGGGACUGAGUAGUCAGCGCUCUGAAUGCCAGAGGAGAGGAAACUGUGAGCAGAAUGGAGAGAGAGUUUGGAAGAAAGAAACUGAAUUGGAACAGAGCUGCACAAAUGACAGAAGAAUCUUCACAGCUGGACAGAAGAACAAAGGAAGGCCAGCUGGAAAAAGGGACCGAGGCAGACGAGUUACCGGUGUCAAGACUUCUAAUGGAGUCCAGAAACCCUCUGCAGCACUGAUGGUCAACCAGGCAGCGUGCAAAGACACAGGAAGGGACCGGUAUGGGGACACAUCAUCAGAGAGCUCAAACUCAGUGCCAUCCAGUCCUGUUCACCAGAAGAGCCUGGAGGACCAAGAUACAGAGAGUCAGUCUGAUAACUCAGCCCAGGAACCAGCUGAAAAGACUCACCUCGCCAAAGGCAUUGGCGGAAAAGCUGUUGCCAUGGUGAAUCCAUUAGUUGCCGAGCCCCAGAAUGUUCCGCAGCCUCCUUCAGUGGUGGAGCUGGCGCUGACCGCGUGCCUCCCUUACCCCCUGCAGUACAACACCACCACCCAGAGAGACACGGGGCAGAGUAAGAUAACCAUCACCAUCCCGCUGGCCCAAGACCCUGGAGCAUCAUCAGCCAGCGCUCACCCACAGCAGCAGCCACCGCUGGGGGCGUUCAGCGUCCUCUCGCCCGGCCAGUGUCCUCUGCAGCCCGCCAACAACCCUGUCAAAACAAACGCCAAGGCCUCCGUUACUGCCAACACCCCUUCCAGCUCAAGUUCCUGCAGUAGCCAAGUACCAGGACCUUGCCCCACAACUGUACCCACGCACACCCCGGGACCGGGGCCCCUGCCGGCCCCCGCAGUCACACACAGCACCGCUCAGAGCAAUUCCGUGUCCUACAUCAACAGCUCCAGCCUGCCAGUUAUGCCACAGGCCAGUGGUACCCAGCAGCAGCAGCAGGGGGGCUGCAACGCCUGCGGCUGCCGUGGCACCUGUGGAGGAAACGGUGCCCACCAGACACCCAGCUACUUCCUGCCGCCCCAGCCCCAACCUGCCCGUCAGAUGUUCGGACCGCCACCUGUGUUCUUCCAUCUCCCUCCCUCUCUAUGCAACAGUUUCCCUGCCCAGGGUCACCAGAAUAACGGGACGCCACUUCCCUUCUACGCUCACACUGGUCCUCCUGCGGCGUUCCUGCACGCUCACUCAGAGCACAUGCUGGCGUCGCAGGCGGGAUACAGUCUGCCUCAGAUGCACUCCUUCCGUCGCAUUUACCAACCAGUCUUUCCGCCGGUUGGAAUGAUGUCUAGCGGAACCAACAUGAAGAAGACCAGCAACGUGUCCUGCUAUAACUGCGGCAUGAGCGGACAUUAUGCUCAAGACUGCAAGCAGCCAUCCAUCGACGCCGGGCUGACAGGUGGUUUCCGGCUGAAGUACGUUGCCCCAAACUCCUCAGAAGCAUUAGAUAAAACUGAUUGACAGCGAGCAGGGGACCAAAGCCCGGCGAGCCAGCGAUUCCAGAGACCCUUGAGAUAGAGUUCUGUUCUGUCUGUUUAAGCCUUGACCGGAGAGCAAAAAAAAGAGCCAAUGCUUAAACUUAAUGGGUUCUCUUAGAAAAUAAAUGAUCUUAAUGUUAUAGUUUAAUUAGGAUGGAUUGCGAGAGGGUUUUUGUUUUAGGUUCAGACUAGUUUAUUGUUGUCAGAAGGAUUUUAUAUGAGCUGAUGUUCCCAUUUAAGUUAAUGAGAAAAUUAAACGUGCAGUAUUUUUUUUUUCUGACACGGGUGAAUCUUUAUAGGAUUUUGUACUUGUUGCAAGAGAAAAUGACAAGAAAAGUACUGAAAAAAACUUUUGCAAGUUCAUUUUGUUAUUAAAGAUGUGCUUGUUCUCUUGCUGAUAGUGGUUUAUAAUGAUGCUCUUGCGACAUUAUACGCUGCUGGUUUGCCAUGUUCUCAUUCUGAACGCGAUGCACUACAACUGUUGUUCUCCAUAAAAUGUGAGUCAGGUGUUUAAAAUGCACUGAAAGAGCCGGAUCUGGAGCACUGCCUCUCAUUGACACGCUCUGACCACUAGAGAGCAGCUUCAGCCUUCACAGACUCAAGCGGGCUCUUCUAGGAGACUGUGCUUGAAGUGUUUUGAGUCAGACAAAAUCCUUCAUACAUGUUCAUCCUAAAGCACUGUUCCAGGAAAUGCAAUUGUAAUUUCGACACGAGAUACUCUGUAACCAAGAGUUUCGUUAACAUAAGCCAACUCUGAGCAUCAUAAUAUCUUGCUUAUGUGCUAAAUAUUUUCUUGCAAACUGUCAAAGAAGCAGAGAUCGAACGUUUGUGCCUAUUGCCAUGCAAGCAGCUGGAAGUGUAUUGAAAAUAAUUUCAAGAGUCUUAAUUCUUUGUGUUAAAGUACAUAUUUAAAAUGUCAAAGUUGUAUUUCUGAAAUCUUAUUGUGAUAUUUGCCAAAGCAGCCCUUUUUUAAAAAUAAAUAAAUAUAUAUAAGGAGCUUUGGCAUGUUUGUAUUGAGAAAAUACGUUUUAUUUUGAUAUUUUCAAGAGAUUUUGAUGAAGGGCUCAAGGCCUUUCAUGCUUGUCCAGGUGUUUGUAGCACAUUUAUGGUUAGUAACAUGCAGUGGACUAGACAAGCAGCUUUCCACAACAGUGUGUUGCAGGUUUUUAAAUGUGCUGUCAUUCAGUUCUGUAAAUUGUUACUAAUCUGUAAAUAGACUCUAAAGGGAGCUAACUACUAGAGGUUGAAACCUGACGACUGUAUUCAUUACACUUUUUCUAGAUUUAUGAAGCUGUACUGUAUGAACAAAGUUUGAUAUCUGCCUCUGAGUUUACGUUUACUGUAUUUCAUAUGUAAAUGUUGAUUAAUCUGUACUGAGAGGUCAAAUUAAUCUGAUAACAUUUGCCUUUUUGGCAAAUUGAUCAUUUCUGUCGAGAUAUUAGCAAUAAAUAUAAAAACCCA